AAUUAGUUUCCAUUUGUGUUUUGCAUUUUUCGAUGUAUAAUAUUGUGCUUUAGUGAAUAGUUCAAUCAAACUUAGGCUGAACGAUUUGGUACAAACUCAAAAUCGUUGCCGCUGAAAGAGAGAAAUAACAACAACAAAAUGACCAUUUUGUAUAAGGUGGAAAGUCGGCGGGAAUUUGGAAAUGGCAAGGACAGUGUAUUCCCCCACAAGAUCGUGCUGUGCGCCGUCUCCGCCCGCAACAUAAUUGCAUUCAGCGCACUCCAGAGUCUUUCCAGUCACGUCUAUGUGUGCGACAUUGUGACUCCCUGGCAAUAUUACAAGGUGUGCACCUCCAAGUCGCUGAUCAAUGUGCUGGAGUGGAGUGCCAAUGGGGAGCAGCUGCUCCUUGGCUACAUUGGCGGUCGUGUGGAGAUCUGGCAGCCCAAGGAGCAUGCGCUGAACGUCUGGCAACUGCAGUACCAUGCCACCAUUCCCAGCGAGGACAUCAUCCAGGCGAAAUUCUUUCACAACGGCAAAGGCGUUGUCUUCAACACCCAGAAAAAGGAUCACACAUAUUAUGCCGAAAAGUUUGAGCGUUUGGAGCAGCGACCCACGUUGACCGGCUUUGGCGGCGUCGCUGCCGAGGGUUGCAUACUGCUGACCUCCUCUGGACUCUUGGCUGCCUUUAUGCUGCCCCAGCUGCAGAGAUUACCGCCGAACAGUAACAGUGCCGGGCAGGAGCCGUUGGACAGCCAGAGCGGCGAACAAAUGGAAUUGACGCCCGCCACACACAGCAUUGGAAUCUCGCGCAGCUACAUCGAGCACUGCAGCAUUGUGGCCAGUCCCAGUGGCGCCCUCAAUGUGGCCUACAGCAUUGGCUGGCAGCAGCAGCAGCAGCAACAGCUGGUUUAUUGCUUUAAAGUCUCACUGCAGCUGGAGAGUGAACGCAUUGCCAUCAAGUCGGAAUCAUUGGCCAGCAUCUUCCUGAAUGCCACGCCCGCUUCGCAAGAGAGCAGACGCAUCACACAGCUGCUGUGGACGCGGGUGGCCAACGAGGAUGUCAUCUACGUAGUCUUUGGCUCUAACGAUGGCGGAAGUCUCUUGGAGCAAUGGACUCUCACCCGACGCCAUCAGAAUGUGCACGCGCUGCUGCAGCAAUCCUCGGGAGCGGCGUCCAACAACAAACCGGUUGAGUUUGUGCCCAGCGAGAGUUGGGAGCAGGUGGCCAAGCUGCAGUUGAACUCACCAAUUGCACAUUUGGCGAGCACUCGCCUCGUCUCGGCGGACUGUGACCAGUUGUAUGCCAUAAUGCAGGAUCACAGUGUGCAUGUGCUGGAACCGGGCACAUUGAAGCAACUGAAUCACACGCAAUUCGAGCGGGAUGCAGAGACCAGAUUCAUUUGCGCCGAUCUGACGCCCACGAGCCAAAUGCUGCUCAUCUUCGAUAGCCACGCCCAGUUGCAUGCGAUGCAAACGCCCAUGUUGAAGCCAAGUGCGAGCACCAUGCAGCUCCUCCUGCUGCUACUCGAGUACUGCAUUGUGACGGGCGUGGAUGGCAGCGACGUGCUGCUCCUCAAUCUGGGCAAUCUUGAGGCGUUGGUCGAGAAGUUGACGGACAACUUUACACGGCAACCGUCGUAUGUUCGGCAAUUCUACUAUGCCAACUUUUUGGCGCUGAAGAGCAAUCUGUGCCGGGCACAACAGCAGGAGUUCGACAAUCUCAUCAUUUUGCACGCCAUUUCUAGCACAUUUAAGAGCCUUCUGCGGCCAUCGGAUCUGGGUUGCCAGGACAAAGGACCGGCGGAUAACUUGGCCAUGAAACUGGCUGAAUCGGUGCCGGAUGUGGAUACGGUUAUGCUGAAUCUGGAUCCCAAAGACUUUACCGUUGAGCCCAUGAUGCUGCAGAGUCUGCAACAGCUCAUCCAAUGGGUCACGGAUCUGGCCGUCAACAUGCUCAACCGCCUGCCCGAUGAGGUGAUGAAGAGCAAGCUGUCCGGCAAGAGACCCAGCUAUGACAUCAGUCGCGACAUUGUGGCCAUUGGCAGUUUACGUGAACUGCUCGUAAUGAUUCGCAUUUGGGGACUGCUGAAUCCACAGUGUCUGCCUGUGUACACCAAGACUAUGGACAACAUUGAUGUGCUGGUCAUAUUAUUCCGACUGUUGACGAGGCUGGCACAGAACACGUCCGAGCCGGAUGAACUACUGCUGGACGAAUGCAGUCUGCUGUCCAAGCAGCUCCUCAUACCACAACUCUCUAAACACAAUCCAACAACGCUGCUAAGCACUCAGGGAUAUGCGGCGGUCAAGUCCGGACAAUUGACGUUCACAUCACAGGUGGAACCUGCUGGACUCCAAGACAUUGAAAUGGAACAGGUCGUCUUCUCAAACUGUGUCAAGGAUGGCGUUAGUAAUCUUCAGCUUGGCGCCAGUCCCAGCACCAUCCGGCGCUGUGCCCGCUGUGGAUUCGUCAAUAGCGCCAACAAAGUGGCCAAAACGUCGGCGCUUAAGGCCUGGUGUAAUAAGUGGCUGCAUUGCCACUGCGGCGGCUUUUGGAAGCAAAUUAAUUAGUAUUUUUAGUUUUUAUUGAAUAGCUUGUAAGAAUUUUAAUAAUUAAAGAGCAUAAAUUAUA